UUUAGAUGAAAUCAGCAAUUGGAAAGCGACAGAGUUUAGGCAGUUUUUAUUGUAUAUAGGCAUAUUUGUCCUAAAAGAUUGUAUUAGUAGUGACCAUUACUACCAUUUUUUAUUAUUGCACGCAGGAAUAAGGCUGUUAUCAUGUGAAAAAUCAUAUAGUACUGAAGCUAACGUUGCCCAACAAAUAUUACAAGAAUUCGUUGAUUUGUUUGGGAAUAUAUACGGAGACCAUUUAGUUAGUUAUAACGUGCAUGGUUUACUGCAUUUAACUGACUGCACUAAGCAAUUCGGUCCUCUAGAUCAGUUUUCAGCCUAUAAGUUUGAAAACCAUAUGCAAUAUUUAAAAAAACUUAUAAAUAAACCGAAUAAAAUCCUUCAGCAAUUGCAUUUAAGACUUGAUGAAAGAACUAAUACAAACAUUGAACCCAACAAAACUUUAAAAAUUAAUUUAUUUAAUAUAGAAUUUAAAAAAGAAAAAGAUUCUUAUUGUUUUAGUGAAAAAUUAGGGCCCAUAAAAGUAAUAACUAUGUCAGACGAAUCUGGUUGCGUUAUGGUAUCUGCACAUUGUUUUUUAGAUGUUGAAAAUUAUUUUGAAGAACCUUUAGAAUCGUCAUCGGGUUUAGGUAUUUUAGUAGCGAAGAAAUUAGAUAAAAAGGUAUUUAAAAUCAAAAAAGACGACAUAGUUUACAAAUAUUUCUCUAUUCCACAUGAGGGAAAGUUUCUCCUUAUACCCAUUCUACAUCAUUUAUUUCAUAAAUUUUCAAAUUAGGAUUUUUAAGUAUUUAUGUACAUAUAUUUUUCUCGGCUCAUUUUAUUACAUUUUCUUAAAUUUUUGGAAAAGAACUUUGAUACUGCCAAUUUUUAUUUCUCAAUUAGAUGGAAAAUAUAUUUGACGAAAUUGACUUGGAGGAUUGUCCAACAACGUCUUCAACUCCCGCAAAAGACCAAUUACAUUUAAAGCGUAAAAAGUUUAACACGUCUGGUUGCUACAAUACAGAGGUCAGCAUUUCAAAACGACCUGUGGAAGGAAACGAGGUUAUUGACAUUUUAACCACUAUUUCCAAACAGCUUGACGAUUUGACGACGAGGGUAUGCGAUUUGGAAACUAAAAUCGAUAAGCAUUUAAAAGAAAAUAUUAUUCAUAAAAGUGAAGAAAUGGCGCAGCAAAAAACGGUUCGUGAAUGCAAGGUCCUCAUCCGCAAAAUUCAUCAAUCGGUAUGCCGAAUGACUGGUGAAGAUGUCGACAACGUUCAAACCGAAAUUGCUUCCACCCUACCAUUAAAUACGCUUGCUGCAGCUUUGGAAAUGGACGAAAAAUUGAAAUGCGACGAAUUUGCUGCUACAACGAAACAAUUCGUUUUGAGGAUAAAAGGUACUUCAGAUAGUGUACAUGAUGUGUUGCGAAGUCUGUACACUGAUGAACUUCUUUAUUUAUGUAACUGGGACGGUAGGGGUGGGAAGCAACCUCUCUCCAAAUUCCUGCUGGUUUCCAACAUUUUAUACGAUUCAUUCAUAACGUAUGGAUUGGCAAUGUUCGAAAAACAAGUUCGAAAAGCCAUUGAAAUGAGACACCAUAGGCACAAACAAAGAAUUUAUAGGAAGAGGAAAACUGAGGAGAGAACCCUUUAAAUAUUUAAUAAAAAGUUAUAUGUAUUUCUGAUAUUAUUAAAAAUAAUUAUUUUAAUACAUACCAGAUUUUAAGAAAGCAUUGCAAAGCAGGAAUUGAAUUAAUAAUGA